UCUCAGCGCAUCCUAGCGGUGAACAGCAGCAGCGCAUGGGCUCAGCACAAACCCGACAAACUGAAGUCGAACACAGCGCACGACAGGACAUUUCCAUCUGGUGCAGAGGUCAACAUCUUUCAGCACGGGGAAAGGCACCAUAUGUUGUUCAAUAGUUAGAGCACGGUGCUAGAAGAUGGCGGAGUCAGAUGGUGGGGAUUUCGCCUCGAAUCGUCCACAGAACAGUAUGGCUAACAAGAAUAGCUCCCUGCGUUGCACGUUCUCAGCCCCAAGCCAUAGCACCACUCUCCUACAGGGCUUGUCGGUCCUGCGAGCCCAGGGGCAGCUCCUGGAUGUGGUGCUGGCCAUCAAUGAGGAGCGCUUCCAGGUUCACAAGGCAGUGCUGGCCUCCUGCAGUGACUACUUCAGAGCCAUGUUCACUGGAGGCAUGAGGGAGUCAAACCAGGAAACCAUUGAGCUGAAGGGCUUGUCUGCCCGUGGCCUGAAACACAUAAUUGACUUUGCCUACAGCGCAGAGGUCACGCUUGACCUGGACUGCAUUCAAGACGUACUGGGAGCAGCAGUCUUUCUACAGAUGGUCCCAGUCGUUGACCUUUGCGAAGAAUUCCUCAAGUCAGCUAUGAGCGUAGAGACCUGCCUGAACAUCGGCCAGAUGGCCACCACCUUCAACCUGACCUCCCUCAAGGAGUCUGUGGACACCUUCACCUUCCGCCACUUCCUGCAGAUUGCAGAGGAGGAAGACUUCCUGCACAUCCCCAUGGAGCGCCUGGUCUUCUUCCUACAGAGCAACAAGCUGAAGAACUGCAGCGAGAUUGACCUGUUCCACGCUGCCAUCCGCUGGCUGCAGCACGAUGAGGCCCGCCGAGCCGGUGUAAACGAGGUCCUCUGCCACGUGCGAUUCCCCCUCAUGCCCUCCUCGGAGCUGGUGGACAGCGUGCAGACGGUGGACAUCAUGGUGGAGGACGUGUUGUGCAGGCAGUACCUCCUGGAGGCCUUCAACUACCAGAUCCUCCCGUUCCGUCAACACAAGAUGCAGUCCCCGCGGACUGUGAUCCGCUCCAACGUGGUUUCGCUAAUUACCUUUGGCGGGACACCCUACACUGACAACGAUCGCACUGUGAGCAGUAAGGUGUUCUAUCUCCCAGACAUUGCAGCGCGUCAGUUCAAGGAACUAACGGAGAUGGAGACAGGAUCCAGCCACGCCUGUGUAUCAGUGCUGGACAACUUUGUGUACGUAGUCGGCGGGCAGCACCUGCAAUACCGCAGCGGUGAAGGGGCAGUGGACAUCUGCUUCCGUUAUGACCCACACCUGAGCAAAUGGCUGCGUAUCCAGCCAAUGCAGGAGGGGCGUAUUCAGUUCCACCUCAACGCUCUUCAAGGACAACUCUACGCCACUGGGGGGCGCAACCGAUCUGGAAGUCUGUCGUCCGUAGAGUGCUACUGUCCUAAGAAAAACGAGUGGACCUACGUGGAACCACUAAAACGCAGAAUCUGGGGCCAUGCAGGAACUCCCUGUGGCGACAAGCUCUACAUCUCAGGGGGUUACGGUGUCUCAGUGGAUGAUAAGAAAACCCUGCACUGUUACGACCCCACGUCUGACCAAUGGGAUUUCAAAUCGCCUAUGAACGAGCCCAGAGUGCUUCAUGCUAUGAUCAGUGCCAAAGACCGUGUUUACUGCCUGGGCGGUCGCAUGGACCAUGUGGAUCGCUGCUUUGAUGUCCUAGCAGUUGAGUAUUAUAUUCCAGAGAAUGACCAGUGGACCACUGUUAGCCCCAUGCGAACAGGGCAAUCUGAGGCAGGCUGCUGCUUGUUGGAUAAAAAGAUCUAUAUCGUUGGAGGGUACAAUUGGCAUCUAAAUAAUGUCACAAGCAUUGUGCAAGUGUACAACACAGAGACUGAUGAGUGGGAGAGGGAUUUGCACUUUCCUGAGUCUUUUGCAGGAAUUGCGUGUACGCCGAUCAUACUUCCACAAACCACCACGCAACGGUAAUCCUUCGGCCAAAAGAGACAGACAAUUUGAUUCCAUGCAUUCUUACUGUUGAGCUGUCAAAUUAAUACAAACAUGGCACAUUACAUAAACUAUUGAAAUAUUAGUGGUCAUUUUGAUGUAAUGUGGGUGGGUGUGUGUGUUUGAGGGAAUAAGUGGAAAUAGGAAUACUAUUUUGCUAUAAUAUACAGUGUAUUACUUCAUUUUCCAUCCUAUGGUUGAGGUCCAUGUGCUACAUUGUAAUGAGCAGUUUUAAUGGAAAAUAAGUGUUAGCUUUCUGGGACAAACUCGCUUUUAGGGUAUUUUAAGCAACACUUAAAACACUACCCACAGUCAACCUAUUAACUGAUUUGCAGGAUAGUUUUUAAAUUUGUGCCAUGCAUCAAGGAAGCAUGUUUUGAUUAUUUAAUUGAGUAUAUUCAUUCAAAUAAUAAAAGAAAAUGUAAAAAAAAAAAUGUUUUACAACAUAUGGGAUGACAUAUUUGACUGUUUAGGACCAUUUGAGAACUAGUGAUUGACUUAAGAAGACUCUCCUAAUGUUUUAUGUUUAUUUCAGAACAUCUGUUUUUGCUGUGUAUGGUGAUGUGCUCAUUAGGCCGUUCAAUUGACUGGAGACGUUUGCACACAGUCAUCAUAAUGAAAUGUGUAUUCCAAACUGACAAGCUAAUAUGUCUCUUAUGGCACCGUAAUCAUUUUUUUCAACUCCUUUGUGUAAGUGUGUGAGAACAGCUGUGUUUAGUGCUCCUUUGGUAGGUAUAUCAGAUAUAUUUUGGUGCCACGUUCUUUAUCCAAGCUCCUACAUAAAAGGACAACAUCAGUGUGAGCACUAUGGUAAUGAAUUUUACCUAGACAAGCGUACUGCUUUCACUUAUCCAGUCCUGACAGAACUGUGAAUCUCAAAGAGCUGGUCGCAAGGGGCUGAACUUGAAGUAAGGGUCAAAGUAAAGGCAUAGAUGGAAAGAACAGCACAGCACACAAGCAGUGAAAUGUGAUUAUUUUCCCUAGUGUAUUUCUUAUUUUAGUACUGUGCAGAUGGUAGCAUUUUUGUUUUGAGGAGUAGCCUAUUUGUGAGGAUUUCAGUAUUGUAUGCAAAACUGAUAUGGCUUUUACUGAUUUUAGACUGUUGGCAAUGCUGAGACGAGCUGAAUUUUAUUUGGAAGCACAACAUGGCACUCGUUGAAAAAUGUUUGGUUCUGAAAAUGUCACCUGUUUGCCUUAGGAACAGGUUUUUUGUGAUGUUUUGUCUGUCCAACUCAGAAGCACAUAGUUAUCUAUUAAGUGCAUUAUAAGUGGAAUUCACUGUAAUCCAAUGAGAAUGUAGACUUUUCUGUAUCCAAAUGUAUAACUUUUAAUUAAAGGUGUUACGUGAACUGAAAAAGGUA